GCAAUGGGAUCCCCCGCGUCCACAGAUAAAUAUCCGGCUUCAUCAAGCAACGAGAAUUACCCAGAAGUUGCCACUCGACUGAACCAACGACCACUUCAGACUUCCUACUCACAACCUUCCUACCCACAAAACUCUUAUCCACUACCCAGUCAAGAGGCGUUCACACCCCAGACAACAUAUCAAUACCAAGUACCACCGAAACAAGAUGUCUAUGAGCCUCAAGAAAAGCAGAAACGUAACCCUUGGGGCCUAUCUCCCCUUGCUUUCGGUCUUUUAGUCGCCAUCAUAACAGCACUGGUGGUUGGUGGUGCCGUUGGUGGAGGUGUUGCUGGUGCGAUGUCUGGUAAAGACGAUUCAAGGGCCCACAGUUCAAAUGUGACUGUCUCAACGACCACAGUUACUGCAGGCGAUGCGGUAGCGACACCAACAGCGUCAGCAUCAGGGACGGCGACAUCCUCGGCCCUGCCAGAGCCAUCUUCGCUGAAGUCGUUUACGGUUCCCGAGCCGUACUAUGUCGGUACACUCGCAGACCCCGGCUGUCAGCAAUCCAGAAUAGACGUACAAAACGACGAAAGAUACGACCUUAGCUGUGGAGUUGACAUGGGCAACAACAUCAAAGAUCGAGAUGACAGCACGAAAGUGGUGGCUGAUAUCGUCGGGAUCUUUGCAUACAGCAUUACUGACUGUCUAUAUGCUUGCACCAAUGUUAACCGCUUCACCGAGACCUGGAAAACUGGCACCGCGCAGCAAUGUAAAGGUGUGACGUGGACUUACAAUAUGGCACAGAGCAAUACGUCGAACUCUGCGAACUGCUGGUUGAAGAAUGGAACGUCGACAGGUUACCAGUGUAACAGUUGUAUCAGUGGAGUUCUC